AUGGCUCCAAGCCACCCAGCCUCCAGCCCUGCGCUUGCUUCCAUCCUGCUGGCUCUGCUGUUAGGUGGUACAGCCAAGGCUGCACAGAUUGUGGGUGGGCGGGAGGCCCGGCCCCAUUCGAGACCCUAUGUGGCAUCGCUGCAGCUGAGCAGGACCCCAGGUAGCCACUUCUGCGGAGGGACUUUGAUCCAUCCAAGCUUUGUGCUGACAGCUGCCCACUGCCUCCAGGACAUCCCCCCACACCUGGUGACAGUGGUGUUGGGGGCCCACGACCUGCAGAACCUGGAGCCAGUACAGCAGAAGUUCACCAUCACCCAAGUUUUCCAGAACAACUAUGACCCUGAGGAUAACCUCAAUGAUGUGAUGAUCAUCCAGCUGGACCGCCCGGCCUCCCUCAGUGCCGAAGUGGCCGUGGCUCCACUACCACGACAGGACCAGCCGCUGUCCCAAGGUACCCAGUGCCUGGCCAUGGGCUGGGGCCGCCUGGGCACCCGCGCGCCAGUGUCCCGCGUGCUUCAGGAGCUGAACGUGACCGUGGUCACCUUCCUGUGCCGCCCGCACAAUGUGUGCACGCUGGUGGCGCGCCGCAGCGCGGGCAUCUGCUUCGGAGACUCGGGGGGCCCCUUGGUGUGUGACGGGGUCCUGCAGGGCGUGGACUCCUUCGUGAUCCGGGAAUGUGCCAGCCGCCAGUUCCCCGACUUCUUUGCACGGGUGUCACUCUACGUAGACUGGAUUCACACGGUGCUGCGCAGUGCAGGGACUCUCACUGGCUCGGCUACCAUCAAUGCCAAUGUGCAGGUGGCGAGGCUGCCAGCUCAGGGCCAAGGUGUGGGCAAUGGGACGCAGUGCCUGGCCAUGGGCUGGGGCAGGCUGGGCACCAACCAGCCAGUGCCCAGUGUCCUGCAGGAACUCAACGUGACCGUGGUGACGUCUCAGUGCCGACGCGGUGUAAAUGUGUGCACAAUCGUUCCACGCCGACGGGCCGGCAUCUGCUUUGGGGACUCUGGCGGGCCCCUGAUCUGCAACGGGCUGAUCCAAGGCAUCGACUCCUUCAUCCGGGGCAGCUGCGGCUCUGGCAUCUACCCCGAUGCCUUCGCACCAGUGGCGCAGUUUGCCAACUGGAUUAACUCCAUUAUUCGACGCCAGGACAACCACCCCGUUCCCCACCUCAGGGACCCAGCAACCACAAGGGGCUCCGUGUUCAGCAUGGCGCGCCUAGUAGCUCUGCUUCUCCUGGGGGUGGCUGCGUGUGUGCACAUCCUCUACAGCGGGAACCUGAAACUCUCCAGUGGCAACUUAGGUUUGGGCUCAGGGUACAGGCUUCCAGUGUGCCCAAGAGCCGGGUACUCGGCGGCACAGCCCCGGGGACGGAUCCUGGGCGGGCAGGAGGCCCAGGCCCACGAGCGGCCCUACAUGGCGUCGGUGCAGGUGAACGGGACCCAUCUGUGUGGCGGCGUCCUGCUGGCAGAGCGGUGGGUGCUGAGCGCGGCGCACUGCCUGGAGGAUGCGCCCGACCGCCUGCAGCACGUGCAGCUGCCCGUGAUGGACCGCGCCACCUGCAACGAGCGCGCCCACUACGACGGCGCCAUCACCGAGAGCAUGAUGUGCGCCCAGAGCAACCGCCGCGACAGCUGCAGGGGAGACUCCGGCGGCCCGCUGGUGUGCGGGGGCGUGGUCGAGGGCGUGGUCACGUCGGGCUCGCGCGUCUGCGGCAACCGCAAGAAGCCGGGCAUCUACACGCGGGUGUCGAACUACACAAGCUGGAUUGAUGGCAUUAUGGCCGGGUGGGGUGGCCCAAACGGAACCUACCAGCCGAAUGGAACCUAUGAGCCGAUGACGAUGGCACUAGAGUCCCAACUUUAAAAGCAUGCAAGCCUUUAAUCCUAGCUUCUCAGGAGUUUGGAAGCCAGCCUGAGCAGGAAAACCAGUGCAAGUCUUUAUCUUCAGUUAGCAAGCAAAGCAAAAAAGAAAAAGCUGGAAGUGGAGCUGUGGCUCUAGUGCUAGCCUGGAGCACAAAAGCUCAAGG